GUUCUGAUUACUGAAUUGAUUGAAUUUGAACUGAACUAAAUAUUUUAUGAGAAAAGAAUAUUAAGAUGUGAAUUGAAUUUAUUAGAGCUGAAUUGAACUGAAAAUAAUUUGAAUAGAACAGACCCUAGUCAUGGUAUUUUUCGGGUAGGAGGCAUCACGGCUCUGGAUCAAAGUAGGAAAAAAAUAAAUAAAUAAAAAUGUAAACUCACAAAUAGGAGACCAAGUUCAAUUGAGUGACGUUAAAGAUUUCUGAAUUCAAAUUUUCGUUUCUUCCCCCCUUUCUCAUUUCUCAACGAUACACCAACUCAAAAAAGCGAGAUGCAGAGAAAAAUGGAGGAAAGCAGUCCACAACAAUGUCAGACCACCGUCACAAUCCGCCGGAAUCCUCCCCGGAGAGCAAGACCCUCCGCCUCUAAGACCGCCGCAAAAUCACCUUCAUCUCAUUCUCUCUCCUCCAAAAAUCUCAACAUCCCCAAUUUUCCACUCGAUGACAUCUUAUCAAUAGAUGUUCAGCUCUUACAAAACCCUAAAAUUCCAUCCCCAAAUCAACCAGAUUCCUCAAAUUCUCUCAAUGUCUUCCUCAGAGUUCGCCCCCUUCCAAUUGCUCCUUCUAAAUCGAAACAACCCAUUUCGAAAAAACCCAGUAAGAGUUGCCUUACGAUCAAUGACGAUUCUCACUCUAUUACGAUUAUUCCCCCAAUUUGCGAUUCUAAUAGGUUGAAGUCUGAAGUUUACAACGGAUUUUCGCAUGUUUUUUCUUCAGAUUCUUCUCAGGAUGAAGUGUAUGAUAAGCUCAUGAGACCUAUGGUUGAGAGGUUUCUAAAUAAAAAAAGCGGGCUUUUGGCUGCUUUAGGGCCUAGUGGUUCUGGGAAAACUCACACCGUUUUCGGGUCUGUCAACCAACCCGGUUUGGUUCCUCGUGCUCUUCGCCACAUUUUCGAUGCUGAAGCCAGUAAAUCGUCCAUGAUAUCGAGGUCAUUUUAUUUAUCCAUUUUUGAAAUUUAUUCUGAGAAAGGAAAGGGUGAAAAGUUGUCAGAUUUGUCUCCAGAUGGAUCUGAUAUCUACUUGCAACAAUCUGCUGUUAAAGGCCUUAAAGAGGUUUUAAUCAAAGACGUUGCACAAGCAGAAUAUCUAUUAAACCAUGCAAAAUCAAAACGUGUCACUGCAAUGACAAACUCUAACAGUCAAUCCAGCCGCUCACAAUGCAUAAUUAACAUUCGCUGUACUGUUGAUGAGACUGUGGGGAGGAGUGAAUCUAUGCCUAAUGAAGCUGUAUUGACUUUUGUUGAUCUUGCUGGUGCUGAAAGAGAGAAGAAAACUGGAAAUAAGGGUGGAAGGCUACUUGAAAGUAAUUUUAUCAACAACACAUCAAUGGUAUUUGGGCUGUGCCUUCGAUCAUUAUUGGAGCAUCAGAAGAAUCCCAAGAAACCUAUGCAGAAACACUUCCAGAGCUCAUUGCUGACUAGGUAUUUACGAGAUUAUAUGGAAGGCCGGAAGCGUAUGGCUUUGAUUUUGACAGUACGACCCGGGGAAGAAGAUUACUUUGAUACAUCCUUUCUCCUUAGACAGGCUUCACCAUAUAUGCAAAUUAAGUUCUGUGACGUGGAAGAAACUUCAUAUUUACCCCGCAAUAAGAAGCGCCAUCAGACUAUUGGCAAUGAGCAGAAGAAAAGAACAAAGUUGACUAGGACUGAAUCUGCUGUUUGCAGGAAUGAUGCCGAGACGACUCAUAGAGAUUUAGAGGACUCCCCCAAAGAAGAACUUAAAACUUUAGACAACUCUUAUGGAAACAAAAGACCUUUACAAAGAGUGGAUGAGAAUUUACUUCCCAAGGUUGACUCUGCUAAUUCAAACAUAUAUAGGCAGUACUAUGUCAUGCAAGGAUUUGCCAAGGCUCUGUGGUCUGUGUUGAAGCAGUAUAAGGAGAGAGUCAAGACCAUGGAAAAAGAUAUUGAUAUUCUGAAAGAGAAUCUCAGGAUCGGAGAUGCUAAAUAUCUCGCGAUUGAAAAAGAACUGCUCGAUCUAAAGUCUCAACGUUCAUAUCAAAAUCAAGGCCCUGGUGUGGCUAGUUAUUCUAUUGGAGGCCCUAAUUUGGAAUCCAGAUUCAGUGAGGAAGAAUUGUCAGAUACUGUAAAAGUAGUUUCUGCAGACAUAAAAGGGCUUGCAGAGCUUGCAAAUCUUGAAUGCAAGGAAAUUACAAUCUUGCAUACAUCAGGGGAAAAAUGUACUACUGUCCAUGACUAUGAACUAGAGGGGGUGACAAUGCCAGAAGAAAAACAUGAGUACUCUAAUUCUGAAUGCAAAUCUAAGAAUUUAUCCUGGGAAAAAGAUGUACAUUUUGAAGGUGAAGUUGGUGACCCUUUAUCACCAGAAGCAGGGUGUCAGUGUACUGAUUUUGAGGGAAGACCACCUGGAAAUUCUAAUCAGGAUAAGGAAAUUCGGUCUGGAUCAAUAAAAGAAAGCCAAGGGUCUGGAUCCAUUAAUGUUUCAAAGAUUUACAUUGGAGAUUUGCCUUCAGGGCCAAAAGGUUAUCUUUCAGUUGAUGAGAGUAUUAAUCCUGAUGUCAUCUUGACAAGGCCCUCUUACAAAGCUAACUUGUCUUCUCCUGAUCUAAAAAUGUCUUUGCCACAAAGUUAUCAGGUACAGAUUUCACUGAUGGAAUGUGAAAUAUCCCAUGACACGAGCAUAAGUGAUCAUCACGAGAAGGAUCAAAGGAAGGAAUGCGAUAAUAAAUCAACAGAUGCUGCUGCUUGUCUGUCAAGGUCACAUGUCUUGGAUCUGAUAGAUCAAGGUGAAAGUUGUGGCUGUGACACAAAAAUUGAGAAGGAUAAGGAAAAUGUGGCAAGUGUUCCGGGCAGCAAUUUUAACUCUGAGCUGGAAACGAAGGAAGCUUCUCAUUCAAAAUCUUCAAAAGCUGCAAGGCCUAAAAGGCGUCUUAUGCCAGCUUCAUCAUUAUUGUUGAGGGAUGCUAGCAGCGUAGAUGUUACAGAUGAGAUUGAAAAGCUCAAGGGAGGUAGAGGUGGACGAAAGCUGGUUGAAGAUGACCAUAAAAGAACCACGGGUAGUGCCUCUCUUAUGCGAUUGCUGAAGAAUCAUCUACCUCGAUAGCCAUUGCUCAAUCUCUUAGAGAUGUUGGGUAAGCUUGUAAAGAUUGAGCUAUCAUUUUUUUUUUUUUUUUUUUUUUUAAUUGUGCUCCAUAGUGGAUAUGGAAGUGUUUAUUAAAGAUAGUCCACAUCACAUGUAACCCUGCAAAUGACUUGUAUAUACAUAUAUCAUCGUACUAAUUUUUAGCUUGUAAUAGAGGACUAGUAGAUUAAUUUUGUUGUCAAUUUCUUUUGGCAGAAAUGUUCAAAUUAUCAGAUUGUAAAGCCAAUAUACGAAAUACAUAAUAUCGUUUUCGUAAUACUCCAUAUCUGGUUGAUCAGUGUUUGGAAAGCAAAAGUGGAAACUUAAUGUUACAAGUUUAUGGGAGAGCGAGAUCUAAUGUUAUGAGUUUGCUGUAAUUCUGUUAUGUUUGGCAUAAGUUAAGUUAAUUGUUACAAGCCG